AUGAGGGUGAUAGAAGUGAUCAUUGACGGCUUCAAGUCCUACGCCGUGCGGACUGUGAUCUCGGGAUGGGACGAGAGUUUCAAUUCAAUCACCGGUCUCAACGGCAGCGGAAAGUCAAACAUCCUCGACGCAAUAUGUUUCGUCCUCGGAAUCACAAACAUGUCCACUGUCCGGGCGCAGAACCUCCAGGAUUUGAUAUACAAACGAGGCCAAGCGGGCGUCACGAAGGCCAGCGUCACGAUUGUGUUUGAUAACAGGGACAAGAAGAAAUCGCCGAUCGGAUUCGAAGAAUAUGCCACCAUCAGCGUGACGCGCCAGAUCGUCCUGGGCGGCACAUCCAAGUACCUCAUCAAUGGCCACCGUGCACAGCAGCAGACGGUUCAGAACCUCUUCCAAUCUGUCCAGCUGAACAUCAACAAUCCCAAUUUCCUCAUCAUGCAGGGACGAAUCACCAAGGUCCUCAACAUGAAACCCGUCGAGAUUCUGGCCAUGAUCGAGGAGGCUGCGGGAACAAGAAUGUUCGAGGACAGGAGAGACAAGGCUCUGAAGACGAUGGCGAAGAAGGAGACAAAGCUUCAGGAACUCAGUGAGCUCCUGAGAGAUGAGAUAGAGCCCAAGCUGGAGAAACUCCGAGGGGAGAAGAGAGCGUUUCUGGACUUUCAGCAAACGCAGAAUGAUUUGGAGCGGCUCUCCCGCGUUGUGGUGGCAUAUGAUUAUACCAAGUGUCAGGAGAAGCUCAAACAGUCCGCAGCUGAUCUGGAAGCCAAGAAGCAGCGGCAAAAGGAGCUGGAAAGCUCAGUCGCGCGUCUUCGUAAUGAGAUUUCGAACCUUGAGGAAGACGCCAACAAGGUGCGGGCACAGCGAGAUAAGGAGCUCAGAAAAGGCGGCAAGGCUCAAGACCUCGAAGACAAGGUGAAAAAGCACGCCAACGAGCUGGUGCGUCUCACAACAGUCAUGGACCUGAAGAAUUCGAGCUUGAGGGAGGAACAAGAGAAAAAGGCCGCUGCCGAGAGAGCGGUGUCGGAGUUGGAAACUGCUCUGAUGGAGAAAACGGCAACAUUCGAGGACGUCCAAGCAAAGUACGAGAAGGCAAAAGAUGACCUAGCAAAGCAGAGCAAAGAGGCCGAGUCCAAAGAAGAGCUACUACAGACGCUACAGACGGGAGUCGCUUCAAGAGAAGGACAAGAAAACGGAUACCAAGGGCAACUCCAAGAAGCAAAGAACCGCGCCACUGCUGCUGCAACCGUACAGGAACAGGCGAGGAUCAAAAUUGCACAUUUGCAGAGCCGCAUCAAGGAGGAGGAGCCUCGGGCUCGGAAAGCCAAGGAGCAGAAUGCCCACCUGCUGCGCGACUUGGACGGUUUGAAAUCACAGGAGCAGAGGCUGGAAAAGGAGCUGAGUAGGUUCGGCCUCGAGCCUGGCCAGGAAGAAGCCAUGUACAAGCAAGAGUCUAGCCUGCAGCAGACUGUCCGAAGUCUACGGCAGGAAUGCGAUUUUCUGAAAAGAAAAGUCGCCAACAUCGACUUCACCUACUCGGAUCCAGUACCCAACUUUGACAGGUCAAAGGUCAAAGGUCUAGUCGCGCAGCUGUUCACGAUUGACGAAGGAAAGGCCCCAGCCGGAACGGCACUGGAGAUCUGUGCUGGUGGGCGACUGUACAAUGUCGUUGUGGACUCGGAAGUCACGGGCACGCAGCUUCUCCAAAGGGGAAAACUGAGAAAGCGAGUGACGAUUAUUCCGUUGAACAAGAUCGCCGCAUUCAAGGCAUCUGCACAGACCAUCGCGACGGCACAGAGACUUGCGCCCGGCAAGGUCGAUCUCGCUCUAUCCUUGGUUGGCUAUGACGACGAGGUGGCCUCUGCAAUGGAAUAUGUCUUUGGCAACACUCUGAUCUGCGCGGAUGCCGAAACGGCGAAGAAGGUUACGUUCGACCCCAAUGUUCGAAUGAGGAGUAUUACGCUGGAAGGAGACUCGUACGAUCCCUCCGGGACGCUCUCGGGUGGCAGCUCUCCAAACUCCAGCGGCGUCUUGGUCACAUUACAAAAGCUCAACCACCUCACCCUUCAGCUGACCGAAACUGAAAGAUCGUUGAAAGAACUGCAGAUCAACAUUGCCAGGGAGAAGUCCAAGCUGGAUCAAGCCCGUCAGGUGCAGCAAGAGUUGGACUUGAAAAGACACGAGAUCAAGCUUGCCGAAGACCAAAUUGGCGGCAACUCAUCGUCUUCCAUCAUCCAAGACGUCGAAAAAAUGAAGGCGACCAUUGCUGAGCUACAGGCAAGCAUAUCCGACGCCAAAGCACGCCAGACUGAGGCCAAUGCCGACAUCAAGCGCAUUGAGAAGGAUAUGAAGGAUUUCGACAACAACAAGGAUGCCAAGCUGGUGGAACUGCAAAAGUCCCUGGACAAGCUGAGGGUGAGCCUCGAGAGAAAUUCAGCGGCCGUCAAGACCCUGCAAAAGACGCUACAGGGUGCUCAGCUCGAUCUGGAGCAAGUCGGGGGUGACCUGUCAGCUGCACGGGAACAGCUGCAGGAGGUGGAAGUCAACAUCAAGGCUCAGCAGCGAGAUGUUGAAGAGUUGGCAAAGCAGCAGGCAAAGGUGGCGGACUCUCACGCCGCCGUGCAGGCCGAACUCGACGAAGAGAGAGCCAAGUUGCACCAGUUUGACGACGAGCUUCGCGCCUUGGAGGAUGCCACGCGCUCAAAGAAUGCACGAAUCACGGAAGAAGGCCUGGAGAUGCAAAAGCUUGGCCACCAGAUCGAAAAGUUCCACAAGGAGCAGCAAUCCGCGGCGGACAAUGUUGCUCGGCUCGAAGCCGAGUACGAGUGGAUUCACGACGAGCAGGAAAUGUUCGGCCGCAGCGGCACGCCCUACGACUUCCAGCGGCAGAACAUUGGAGAGUGCAAGGCCACCCUGCGGAACCUGACAGAGCGGUUCCAGGGCAUGAAGAAGAAGAUCAACCCCAAGGUAAUGAACAUGAUUGACAGCGUUGAGAAGAAGGAGGUGUCCCUCAAGCAGAUGAUCAAGACGGUUAUCCGAGACAAGCGCAAGAUUGAGGAGACCAUUGUCAGCUUGGACGAGUACAAGAAGAAGGCGCUUCAGGAGACGUGGGAGAAGGUGAAUGGAGACUUUGGCCAGAUCUUCUCCGAGCUGCUCCCCGGAGGCAGUUUUGCGAAGCUGGAUCCUCCCGAGGGCAAGACUAUCAGCGAUGGCCUCGAGGUCAAGGUGUGCUUGGGCAAAGUGUGGAAGCAGAGCCUGACGGAACUCAGUGGUGGGCAGAGGUCACUGGUUGCGCUCUCGCUCAUCAUGGCUCUGUUGCAGUUCAAGCCUGCGCCAAUGUACAUUCUCGACGAGGUCGAUGCCGCCCUCGAUCUUUCUCAUACACAAAACAUUGGACGUCUGAUCAAGACGCGCUUCAAGGGCUCGCAAUUUAUCGUUGUGAGUUUGAAGGACGGCAUGUUCCAAAACGCCAACCGAAUCUUCCGGACACGCUUCAGUGAGGGUACAAGUAUGGUCCAGGCGCUCACGCCCGCGGAUCUGAAGUAA